AUGCCAUUGCCUCAUUUAAUGAAAAAUGAGGCGCAAAAGAUGCCAAAAGAAAUAAUUGUUCCUAAAAUCCGUGCCCAAGAACGGUUGGUCAGGUUGAGUUCCUUUAGCAUCAUACAAUCUGAUGUUCCAAAAAGCUGUAAAACACCAAAAAGAAAUGCUGUAAAACCAGUUGUUGAAAAGCAACCAAAGUCGAACAGUAAUUCGACAAUUUGCGUUGAAGCACAAAAACCUGUGUCUGUUUUAGAUACGGAAGAAAAAAAGAAAAAGAAGGUACAACAAAAAUCUAUUGUUAAAGAAGUAAAACAUGAGAUAAUAGAAUCUCACCCGAUUACCCAAACCUCAGUGGUAAGACCAAAAUGUGAUGUAAUUGAAAAGAGGGACCAAAAGUCUCCUGUAAAAAAAGAGAACAUCAUCAUACCAUUGACGACUUCCAUUGCCCUCAAUUCUUUGGUGUCUCGACCUGAAGAAAAUGCUUACAAGCACGAGUUGCUUAAAAGAGAGCUGGCAAUGAUUGCUGGCACCAAUAAAGCACAGAAGCUGCAAGCACACAGGGAAACUCGUAUUUUAAGUCGCAACCAGCUGACUCAUAUCAAUCGUGUAAAUAUGAUGUUGAGUGCAAGUAACAAAAGACUGAGGAGGGGCCGACAAAAACAUGCACCGCGGGUGCUACAACAAUCGUAA